ACCGCCAUGGAACCGGGAGUAAUUCGUAAACUAGACCAAGUGGUAGUAAAUCGCAUUGCCGCAGGGGAAAUUAUCCAACGCCCAGCAAAUGCACUGAAAGAAAUGAUAGAAAACAGUCUGGACGCGAAGGCUACCAGCAUCCAGAUCACAGUGAAGGGAGGCGGAUUGCGUACACUCCAAAUCCAGGAUAAUGGAACCGGCAUUCGCCGGAGUGAUCUGGAGAUCGUUUGCGAGCGGUUCACCACAUCCAAAUUGCAGUCCUUUGAUGAUCUGUCCUCAAUCAGCACGUACGGAUUCCGUGGAGAAGCCCUGGCCAGUAUCAGUCAUGUGGCACAUCUUACGAUCGUGACGAAGACGAAAAGCGAAAAAUGUGCGUAUAAAGCGUGCUAUGCUGAUGGUAAGCUGAAGGGAGACGUUAAGCCGAUCGCAGGAAACCAGGGCACGCAAAUUAUCGUGGAAGAACUGUUCCACAACGUGCCGAUGCGUAAGCAAGCACUCAAGACGCCAAACGAGGAGUUCCAGCGGAUUUCGGACGUGGUGGGGAAGUACGCCGUGCAUAAUCCGCACGCUUGUUUCGUGUUGAAAAAGUUCGGUGAAACGGCAGCCUCCAUUCGAACGCAACCGAACACGACGGUGGCGAACAACAUUGGGAUAAUCUACGGAUCCACCAUCAGCAAGGCACUUGUACCGGUCGAAGUAAAGGAUAACAUACUGCAGCUCACCGUCGAUGGUUUCGUGACGAAUGUGAAUUUUUCGCUUAAAAAAGGCAUCUCGCUUAUGUUUAUCAACCAUCGGGCGGUGGAAUGCAACACGCUGAAGAAGGCCAUUGAUGAGAUCUACUCGAUCUACCUUCCCAAAGGGAGCUCUCCGUUCAUUUACCUAUCGAUCGGACUGAACCCAAACAACGUGGACGUGAACGUGCAUCCCACCAAGCACGAGGUGCACUUUCUGCAUGAAGAGCAAAUAGUCGAGAAAGUCAAGCUAGCCGUUGAACGGGCCUUAUUGGGUGGAAAUGCGGCUCGUAGCUACACGCAAGCUUUAUUACCGGGGGCGGGCAAUCCUCUAGACACCACGAAAUCGAACGAAUCGAUGGCUGGUGGCGAUGAGAAGCCACGUUUGGAUUACAAGUUUGUGCGCACUAGCCACAGCGAGCAAAAGCUGGAUAAGUUUUUCAACAUUAGCGGGAGCAGUAAUCAACCGGCGAGUAGUUCCUUGGAUAACCCAGCCGCAGAAGUCACAGAACCCAAAAUCACACAGCCUUCGCCUGUGAGGAAAAAGAAGGCAGUUAAAAGGGAGACGCGGCUUACGAGCAUUCACAAUUUACGGCAACAGGUUGAAUCAAAUGGUGACGAGAAUUUACGUAAAAUAUUCCGCGAGCUAACGUUCAUUGGCACGAUCGAUCGCAAUCAGGUGCUAAUACAGUACGACACGAAGAUGUUUCUCACCCAGACGCAACCGUUGGUGAUAGAGCUGUUUUAUCAGCUGCUGCUGUUUAACUUUGGUAACUUUGAGCGGUUUACGCUUUCGGAGCCGUUAGAGCUGAAACGGUUGGCGCAGCUCGCACUGACCGAUCCUGAAAGCGGAUAUACCGAGGAAGACGGCACGGUUGAGGAGCUGACAAACUGCAUCGUAAACAUUCUCGUCAAAAAAGCACCGCUACUGCGGGAGUAUUUCAGCCUAUCGAUCCGUCCGGAUGGGUUCCUCGAGUCGUUACCGAGGUUGCUCGACAACUACAUCCCAUCGGUGGUGUUUUUGCCCAUGUACAUCCUCCGGCUUGCCACUGAGGUGGAGUGGGAUGAGGAAGAGGAUUGUUUCCGGACGUUCAGUCGGGAGACUGCGACAUUUUUCGCGAGAGUUGCCCUCACGAAACCGGAGAAAGAGUACCGGUGGGAGCUGGAACACGUCAUUUAUCCGGCGAUACGAAACUACCUUAUACCGCCGAAGGAACACUCAAAAAACGGUUGCCUAUUGCAGCUAGCCAGUCUGCCCGAAUUGUAUCGUGUUUUCGAACGAUGUUAG